AUGGAGCGAAAUGAGGAUGCCACUGAGCAGUCGAUUUAUUGGCCAUGUUGUCGUGGUAUCGCCUUAUGCAUCCACCCAGCUGCGUCUCUGAACCCAACCAAAAGCUACGGUACACGAGCGAAAUACUGUAUUAUACCACGGGCGCUUAAGUCUAGUCGCUGUGUUAGGGCUACGAUCACAAGAUACUCUUAA